AUGAUCCAAUUAAUCUUUAUAGAUUUGGCAUUGAACUCCAUAGUCUCGGCUACAGAGAAGGAGAAGGAAUUGGGAGAUACGAAAGAACGUAUUCAAUGCUGCCAGAACCAGUCUUGCCCCCAGCCUGGAACACCAGCAGCUAAGUCGUGCCACAACUCGGGCUGUACGUCACAGAACAACAACGAGGAGCUGAUGUUGUGCGUGCAGUGCGACCAAUCAAUUCAUUCGGCCGAACAGUUCAGCGGUCAUACCAGACUAAAUGUCCACCAAGGAUCAGAUCUUUUAAGAGGAUUAUCAAGCAAGUCAGCACCAGGAAGGAUGGAGCCUACCAACUCGGAUCCAGAAAUGCCGGAUGUCGACCCAAACGUCGACUCAAAUGAUAUGGACAGUAAGCCAGAGUCUGGUAUCGGAAGGUCCAACUCCAAGCUACAACGUAAAGCUGUUAUAAAAAGACGCCACACUGAGACGAAGAAGCCGUCUGUCGAUGAAACAGAUUCGCUGAAAAAAUCAUUAACGUUGCCACCACUAUUAAAAGUACUCGGUAGCCCAAAACUAGACCAGCGUAUGAGAGAUUUCUUCUAUGUGGACCUUGAAGUCGUAGGAGCUAAAGAAGUUGCGAAAGUUCCAGCAAUCAAAGGAAAAAACCUCAGAGAAGCAAUCCAGCAAUUGUGUGAAAAUCGUAAAAUCAGUAUCAACAAUAUCCAAGUCUUCUUAGAGUCAUCAUCUUCCCCACUUCCAUUGGAAAUUCCAAGUUAUCCUCUCGGAGGACAAAAGGUUUUCAUUCGCUCCAAGAGGAAAGAUUCUUCUGCUAUAGGUGACGGACGACGCACUGUCGGACCACGAGCAUUUCGCACCGUGAUGAAGAAUUUAGAAGAGAAAGAUUCAGAUUCCGAGUUUGGUCAGACCUACAGAAAGGAUAUCUUCGGCCAUCUUGGCAUAGCGCCACACCCUUCUCUUGAUCUUGGUCAAGAGUAUAAAUUCAGAAAAGAUAUAUUCGGCCAUCUUGGAAUUACCCCACCAGCACAAAAGCAAUACCAUCAAAAAAAUAUCUUCACUCACCUUGGUAUGUCCACCAUCGCUGUUGCUUCACUUCCAGUCCCAGAAAGCAACUCCCCAGGAGCCAGGAGAGUUUCUCUCCCCCUCCUGAAUUUCAACGCUACGUCCCCAAAGGAAAUUAAGGACAUCCGUCUCAUGGAGUUAGAAGACAAGCUGCAACUGUACAUGGAAGAAGGACUUCCUGAUUUUCCCGCAUUAUUAUCCUUUGACAGGAAAGAGGAUGAAUUAGAUGGCUUUUUAGAACUUGAAGAAAGUUGGAAAAAUAUAUAUAGUGGGGACCCAACAUUGCUGACCAAACAACAGAGAGAUCAACAAGAAGCAAUUUGGGAAAUUUUAUGUACAGAGGUGUCAUAUCUAAAAAAACUAAACAUUAUUGUGGAUCUUUUUCUAUCAGUUCUUCUAAACGUGCAACAACAUGUAAUACUGUGUGAGAUUGACUCAGAGAAGUUAUUUAGCAAUAUUAGAGACAUUCAAGACUUGCAUGUGAAAUUCUAUAAAGAGUGCCUUCAUGAUGUACUUGCCAAGGCCAGAUCAUCUAAGGGUCUUUUAUCAGCAUCGGACAUUGCCACAGCCUUUGAAACAUUCCCAGAACGUUUUAACCCUUAUAACAAAUUCUGUCGAGAAGAAGAGAAGUGCAUCCAGUACCACAGAGAAAAGCAAAAGGAAAACGAGGCCUUUAAAUUGUUUAUAGAUUGGUGUGAACAGCAUGCAAAAAGUGAGAGGCGGUCCCUGGCAGAAUUACUUGUGUCUCCCAUGCAAAGGUUAACUAAGUACCCGCUGUUGCUUGGGGCAGUAGGCAAGAAAGAUGAAGACCAAGAUGUUCAGGACAUUGUAAAACAGAGGGAAAAUGAAGUAGGCUCAUUUAUCAAAUGUGUUAACCAUGAGGUCCGCAAGGACCACGAAUUAGAACGCCUGGAAAAGGUCGCUCUGAGAAUUGAGUCGUAUGAUGUAGUGGACUCUUGCAAUACUGAAGAAUUAACCCAGCUUUUGGCACCCAAAGUCUUGGACCUAAAGUCAGCCAUGCCUAAUGCAAUGCCGAACCAAGUUAGAUGGUUGAUAUUGGAAGGACCAAUGAAACUCAAAGACCAGGAAGGAAAGAAGAUGGAUGCUACAGGUCUACUUUUUACUGAUAUGCUCCUUGUUACAAAGAAAUUGCUGAAGAAAGGUAGUAACGACAAAAUGAGGGUCAUCAAACAGCCAAUGAGAGUUGAUCGUUUACAGACUAUGAUUCUCAAAGAUCAAAGUGGUUUUGCAGUUGUUUGUGAAGAUGAGUAUGGUUGUGCAGUGUCAGCCUUUGUAGUGCAGUCCGGCCAACAGACUAAACUGUGGUUAGACAGUAUUCAGAAGGCAAAGGAAAUGUAUAAAGACGUAUGUACCAAAGAUGCUGAUGAGAUUUAUGAAUCUGUUACGAAUGUUCCAACCGUGAUUCCAGACAGCUCGGAUCCUAAGACACCGGAUCAGUUCUUGGAGUCGGAUCCUCUCCCUACUGUCGUUAUAACACAGAAUGCAAACUUUGAUGAUUCUUCAAGCCUGGGGCCAAAUGACAGUUUUUCAUCCCAGUCCAGCCCCUUAGCGACACAUGGUGGUAGCGGAAACAUAUUCCCAAUAUCCUAUGAAGAGGAUGAUUACUCGGAUACAAGUGAACCGGAGUCAUUUAUUCCUAAUCGUACAGUUGUGCCACCAACAUCGCUUCAAGCGAAAGCUGAUUUCAAAACAUGUCGUAAUAAGAGUGAAGGAGACCGAGAAAUUUUUGACAAACGAAAUAAAUUACCGCUCACUGCAUCUCUCGAUUCCGCGAAUGUUAAACCGGAAAGUAAUGACAAUGCAUUUAAUAAUCCUAGUCUGCAACAGCGUUGGGAUGUGUUGGCUACAAAUCGGGGUGUCGUAUCCGAACCUUCCAGUAGCAUGCCAUCGGUUACGGAGGAAACGACUGGUUCUGUAAUUGAGGAGGGAGAUUUGAUCAAUGGAAAAUUUACAGCAGUGUAUGUACCAGUGUCUGGUAGCGAAGAUGAGGCUGACACAACUGAGGAUUCACCAGCAGAUGUGACAGCUCCAUCUCAACCUGUUAAAAAUGGACAAGUAUCCAAUGGCACAGUUGAAGAAGAGCAAAAAGAGGAGAAAAGAAACAGGGCUUCAAUGACCCGGGCCGAUGCUGUGGAGUAUAACGAUGUGUUCAGCCCGGAGAAAUCAAACGAGAGUUUAAACUCCUCAAAAGAAAAAGUUACCACACCAACGACACCUGAAACUAAAUCAAAAAAAGGUCGCAAGCUCAGUAAAACUCUAAGCGGGAAAAAGAACGUAUUUUCGGUUUUCAGGAAAAAUAAAGAUGACUCGUCGGAUAAGGGAAAGGGUUUGGCCAUGAAAGAUGGUCUCGCAAUGAACUUGUGAUUUGGAUUCUUGUCUAUAGAGGGCAGUAGAGCAAGAUGGUAGAUUUCAAGACCAAGCCAGUAAAACAACUUUUAAGAAGAAAAGUGCACUUUAUUUGAUAUUUCAUAUAAAAUCUCUGUUUUUUUCUGUACUUAUCAAGGAAAAUUCUGAAGAUUUGUGCCUGUAGAAUGUGUCUUAAUUUGUUUCUCUCAACUUUGUCAUGUCAGUUUGUCAAAGUUGGUCGGUUUCAGAAUCGAAUAUAAAUGAAAUUUAAAAUUGUUAACGAUAAAAACUGAGCAGGACUCAAUGUGCCAUGACCUUCUUGAUCCAUCCCAGCAUUCCAUAUGAUGGUAAUUGUCAUAAGAAGAUGUUAAUUUUUUACAUCAAUUCCCUCUGUAUUCAUAGCUUUUUGAUGACACAGUUUUUGAUGACAUAAGCACAUACUUUUGGAUAAUUGCAAGAAUCGCUUUCAUAGAUUCUUUUUUUUAGUAAUUUGCUUGUAUAGUGUGAAUAUAUAUAUUUGUUAUAUAUCAUGUAUGAUUUAACAUAUAUAUGUAUAUGUAUGAAAUGAAAUAAGUAGUCUAAAUGUAUAAUAUAUGACAUAACAAUAGUUUUUUUUCUUUAUAGUGUAAUUGGCAUAUCUCGCUGUUUAAAUCAAUGUUUCAGGAACCAAUGUAAAAAUUUAUUUAGGUGAUUGUGUUCUGCACAAAUAUUUAUAUAUAACUUACAGUAUUUCACGUGUGAUAUGGAUUGUAUCAAUGUGGUAUACCUUGUAUAUAAAAUUAUGACAAGAAUAUGUAAUUUUUAUGUGCAUUUUGAGAAGGAUUGUUUUCAGGAAAAACUUUGGAAGAAAAUGAAUAUAGUUCAUUCAAGAAAAAGAUGUUUAGACCAAACUCCUCCAAUUGGGAUUUAUGGCCUAUCAUUGUAUUCGCGUGUCAUCAUGUUGUUGUAUAUCAUCACAAGCAUAGGACGAUUUCGCCAGGUCAUGUAAAUUCAUACGUAUGGCGUUUAGUGGAGAAACUUAUAUGGACUAUAAUUUGUUCUCGAAAUGCUGUGUCCUGUUAUCGUAUCCAGUGGAAAUUGGCCUUUUUAAAUGUGAGCAAGCAAAGAUGUAUGAAUACAGCAACUUGUAAAAAUUGCUUUUUGUAAUUUAAUGCACUUAAUGCAUAUACCUUUGUGUGACCAUUACCAAGCGUUUCUUGUAGAAAUGAAAUAUUAUGUAAUUAAGGAAUUGUUUUUUUAUAUGAAUAGCGACUUUACAUUCAAAAUCAUUGUUAAUAAUUUCAUAUUUUAUUUAUUAUAUUUAGUUUUGUAUAAAUUAAGAUAUGGUGUAUGUAUUCAAAUUACAGUUAUUUCAGAGAUCAAACAAUGUUUGUACUUAAGUUAAUUAAAAUAUUCAUCAUUAUUGAUUAAUGAUUAUUAAUUAUUGUAUGCCUAAGACACAAAUGUAUAAUUGUGAAUAUAUACAAUAUUGAUUAAUUGAUAUUAAUUGGUAUUUUUGUUAAAAUAGGCUAAUAGGGUUUAGUGAAACAUUCCGAAAACGAUAACUAAUAAGUAUUUAUCGCAUAUCGUAUCUGGACGGGGUGGCGCCCUCUUCAGGGUAUCAGUUAAACUUAAGAACUUACGAAUAAGAACAGAGCCUGUCCCACAAAUGCACAAGUUUAUGUACAUUAAUGUUUUUGUUUAUGCGACCUUAACAUCGCUAUCAAUUAACAUUGCUUUUAUAGCGUUAUAGUCCAUUCUGUUCUGAUCCUCGUCAAACGACAGGCACAUUUGCAGACGAUCAUAUCAUUGCCCUGAUAAUUUGGUAUUGGUAAGGACUUUUUAGAUUUCCCUAGUUUUUUUGUGGCGAGUUAGUUUUACAGUUCCAAUAAUAUGCAUUGUAUUAUUAGGAUUACGGUCAUAAAAGUUAGUAGAGUUUGUAAAUAUAUGGAGGAUCAGCUCAAGAUUUCUAAAAUUGAUGAUGUAGCUGUCAUCCCCUGAUGAGGAUUUUUUUUUUUAAAUUUAUUUAUUUAGGCACACAAUACAUGUGCUAAGGAUUGUCAAUAGCGAAUAUAUCAUUAUCCUACUUGUAGGUGACAAUCCCUUACACAAGACAAACAUACA